AAGAAGUUUUAAAUGUAGAAGUAUUAAAUGGUUCCUCAUUUUCAACAAUUAGUUUAUUUAAAUCAUUUGUCCUUUUCUAUAGUAUUUUUAUAAUAUCGCAUUUCACCGUGGUAAGGUGAUCAAGAAAUGAAAAUCAUUUUUGUUCUCGUCUUUGUUGGGGCAUGCGCGGCUGCGCCACAAUUCUUUGCUCAAUCAGGAACGAUCUAUGCACAUCCAGCUGUACUGUUGAAUUCGGCAAUGGAAAAUACUUUACCGUAUCAUCUAAAAAACGAUUUUUAUAAAAAUCCACGAAUCGCUUCUGGACUAGCGAAAGAAUCGUGGUUCACUGAUAAAGAAAUGCAGGUAAUCGAUCGUGACACGGACAAAAUACCGCGGGAAAAAAUAUUCGACGUUUUGCAUAACGCUGGUCUUGCUCAUAAAUAAUAAUCUCAAAUAUAUCUUAUUGAAAUUUUUUUAUUGCCAUAAUAUAAUGAAUAUAACAAGUUCAUAUCGUAAAAUAAGAUGGUACGGAAAAAACACGUUGCAUGAACGAAUUAACAUGUGGUAUCUAUCAUUUCUAAUGUGUAUAAGAUGUAUUUAUUUAAAUAUUUUUUCUUUUUUUUUUUUUUUUUAUAGAUUUUUGUUUAUAGUGUAUCUCGUAUCUGUAGUUAAUUAGUAAAUUAUAUACAACAUCGUAAUUAUGUAUAUUUUUAUAUAAAAGUUAGAAUUUAUUAAACAAAUAUAAUGUUCCUGCAAGGGCUGUGAACAAGAAAGACAUUAAUUAUAAAUAUAAUGUUUUAUUAUGAUCUUUUAUAAAUAAUUAUCGAGUAAAAACUGAAUCUUCCUUUACUUAAUAUUUAUCGUAAUUGUUAUAAUGCUAAUUUAUUAUCAGUAUA